AAGAAAAAUAAAUGUAAGUCUGACACUUUUUGUUGUAAAUAUGAUAAGAUUUUAAUUUAUUACAAGUGAUUGAUAUACUAUACUUAACGUAAUUAGUUAAUAUUUAACAACGGAAUGCAUACGGAUUUAUCACCCCACUUGCAUACUCAUGAGUGCAAUAUCCUAAUAAAAAAAUUACAAGACUGUCAUGUUGAGCAUCCUUUCCGAAAAUUUCUGGGAUAUUGCAACGAUUUUGAUAGGGAUAUGAGAAAGUGUUUGAAAGGCGAACGUUUAAGACGUCAAAAGGCAAAUCACGAAGAAGCUAUAAGAAGACAUGCUGAAAUUAGAGCUCGGAUAUUAGCUCAAGAACAGGUUAAACAAUAG